AUGUCAGAACCUAAUGUCCCUAAGUUUGGCUCCUUCCGUCCUAAAGCCCAAACAUCCCAGCAAACACCAAAGAACUCUGAAAGAGAAUCAAAACAUCACUCAAAAUCCGAUGAGAGGAAAGAGAGAUGGGUUCAAGAAGAUGAGAAGCACCGUCACCGUCAUCGCCGCCACCAGAGGUCAAGGAGCAGAGAAAGACAUGGCAAAACAACGGAGGUCAAGGCAGCAGCUCCGCCUCUCAAGGUCCCAUACGACAACUCUCCUGAAAUAUUCGUCAUAGAUAGAAAAGGGGACGAGAAAAACUUGGCCUACAAUAGUGUCCAUCGUUAUAGUGUUCCGCCCUUCCAUCGUAUUGGUGCUGGCAACGUGUUGGGUGCCCCAAGUAAUAUCAUAAUCGACAGAUAUGCUUCAGAUGACAAAGUCAUCGUACUCCGAGAUGGGAGGAAUUCCAACGCAAGCCGAAGAGAGAGAUAUGCUUUCUCAAAGAUAGACAGAGAGAAGCCUCGACUUUUACGAAUACGUCCCGAGGCAACUGUGAAAGACCAGGACGAUCCCAGUGCCAAUUACGUUCCCUUGGAAAACACAAGAUCACGAAAGCGAAGGAAGAUUGGUGCUGAAGAUGACGGAAGUUCUGCUUCGGACGAUGAUGAAACUCACUAUCGCUCCAUACACGGAAAAAAGAGGGCCACCGAGCCAGAGGAUGGCGCGCUGCAAUAUGCCACGGAAAGUGACGAUUCGUCGUAUGAAGAUGGCAUUCCGGUCUCCAAUCUAGCUGUGCGGCAAAAGAAUAUUGAACUGAGUCGACGUGUUGAAGAAUUUCCUCAUGAAAUCGAAUCGUGGCUUGCUCUGAUUGAAUUGCAAGACACACUGUUACGGGACGAAGAUGAUCGCCAUCGUGCUACGAAUGCUGAGAUUCGAAGUACUGCUGAGAUCAAGAUUCACAUGUACGAGAAAGCUCUUGAUAGAGCAAAAACACUUCAAGAUCGCGAGAAGCUGCUUCUAGGCCUGAUGACUGAGGGUGCCAAGAUAUGGGACAGCAAUUUGCAAACAGUCCGUUGGGAGCAGAUCUCAAAAGACAAUAUUGAUAGCUUGAUGCUCUGGAAAAGCUACUUGAACUUCAAACAAACAUCUUUCACGACUCUCCGGUAUGAGGAAAUACGAGAUAUGUUCCUCAACCGCAUUGAGUUACUUUCAAAAGAGGCACCCAAGGCUGCGUAUCUAGGUGCAGAUGCCAUUUAUCAGCAGCUCAUUUACGUCCUGCUCCGAGCCACUUUCUUCAUUCGCGAAUCUGGUUACCAAGAAUUAGGCAUCGCGAUAUGGCAGGGAGUACUAGAGAUUAAUUUCCAAGGCUCCGAACAGAACUCAUCUGUAUCUGUAAGCCCAGGCAGUCUAAACGAUUUUUGGGAGAGCGAAGUUCCUCGCAUAGGCGAGGAUGGCUCUUUGGGUUGGCGGCAUUUCCUGGAAACCCAAGAUAGCUCAGAAGCACCACCGAGUCUUACAGAUGAGCCCGAAAAUUCUUCAAUACAGGACAAGCAUCAGAUUUUCGGGUGUUGGGCCGCCGCUGAGAGAUUUAGAUCACUCUCAACUCCUGCUCGCACCAUGGACGAGGUAGUGGAAAAUGAUCCUUACCGUGUUAUCCUGUUUUCGGACAUUGAGAAAUUUCUUAUUGUACUUCCAUCCGAGGCAGAAUCUCUACACAAGGCUUUACUUGAUGCCUUCCUUUUGUUCUGCCGCUUAUCGCCUAUGAGUGCUUUGGGUAGGGAGGCUCCUUACAAAUGGUGCAACGACGCAUUUGUACAGGGAGAGGUUUUGGAGUCAAAGCCGGACUACAUGAAGAAGCAAUACUUCCCACCCAAGGAGACGAAUGAAGAUGUCACCAUCAACAAUGUUAGUAUGUUAAUUACAUCGCCGUCUGAUUUUCAAGUCUCUUCAGACACCAUGUUCUCUUCAAAACUUUGGUUUGAGGGUAUUCCAGCUUGGAGUGAAAGGUACAGCGAACAACACCGACCACUGCCUUAUCUUUGGGUUCGCAACACCCUCAAGCAACUGACUCAAGCAUACUUUCGAGAAUACCUGGCUGAGUAUUACCUUGCUUUUGAGUGGCGAAAUGAACCAGAUACAGUCAAAAAGGUUGCCAAAAGCCUUCUCAAAAAGCACCCAGCAAGCUUGAGGCUGUACAAUGCAUAUGGUAUGAUCGAACAUGCAAGAGGAAAUGAAGAAAUUUCGGAUGCGGUAUUCUCUGCAGCCUUAAAUAUGAAUGGCUCCAGUCUCAAUGAUAACAACAACGCCAAAGAGGCCAUUCUUGUCUGGAGAAAUUACACCUGGUUCAAAAUUGAGACAUCUGAAAAUCCCUUGGCACUUCAGCAGAUAUUUUCCAUUCCGAAUGGCGUUCUAGCCAAGAAUGUCGAAAACUCCCCUGCUAUUCUUCUCAAAACGAAACAGUAUCUAAUCUCGAAUCGAGACCACCCCCUUUCUACCGGUGAACUUUGUACGGCCACAAUAUACGCCGAGCUGCUCGCACUUCUCGAAUAUCUUACUCGCAAGUCAGGCAUAGAGACGCAAUCCAAUGCACAAGGAGACAUUUCAUGCGCUCUCAAAGUCUAUACUACUUUCUCCAAAUCCCUAUCGGAAAGGAAUCAUUCGCAAACAAUCUCUCACGAGCUUCUACUCCAAUCUGCAUCUCGACUUUUAUACCACCACGCAAGCAUAGGACCAUUCCGUCCAGCACUUCUUCGCGAACAUCUCACAACCUUCCUCACUCUCUUCCCAAGGAACACAAUCUUCCUCUCUCUCUACACCUGGAACGAAUCCCGUCUCCGAAUCGACAAUCGCGUCCGCAACAUUCUCCAAUCCACCAUCCUAACACCGACAAACGACACAGUACCCACCCGCCUCUUCGCCAUCCGCUACGAACUCAACCACGGCACAAUCCACUCCGUACGCUCAGCAUUCGAACGCGCUCUUUCCUCCCCGACAUGCUCUUCCUCUCCUGCUCUGUGGAAACUAUAUAUCCUCUUCUGUCUACAUACUGCGGAAUUCCGUCCCAAAGCUAGGGGCGUAUGGUACCGUGCCUUGCGAGCUUGUCCGUGGGUCAAGGAACUGUAUAUUUUCGGCUUUGAAGAGAUGGGUGAGUUGCUGGGUUUCGAGGAGAUGAAAGGGACUUGGAGGGUUAUGGGUGAGAAGGAGUUGAGGGUUCAUGUUGAUCUUGAGGAUUUAUUUGAGGAGUUUGAGGAGAGGGGGUUGGAGCAGCGGGAGGGGAAGAGGCUGGCGGUUAGAUGGGUUUAUUUUCGUUGA